AUGGCUAACCUCACAAUAAUAAAAUUCAAUGUCCCAAGACAGGAUAAAACUGUACAGAUUUUAACAUCAGUUCAAUUAAUCUAUGGUAUUCCUUCAUUACUAUUUAUGCUGUUUUUCUUGUUUUAUCUGGGUAUUUCGAAAAGCUAUGUCAAUUCGUUUUAUCGUCUCGUACAGUUAGAUUUGCUUGUGGUAAGUAAAUCUCUGCAAUAAGAUAAAGUUCUGAGUUCCACGUGAAAUAAUAUACUUACUUCCAUAUUGCAGAAUAUUUUUUGUUAUAUAAACACUUGGCUGGCAAUUCGACUUGAAAACGAAUAUGCGAGUGUUGAAUUUCUUGAUUAUGUCGAACACCAUAUCCCUAAUUUCAUGACCAUUUGCAAAUUUUUUGCCACUUGGUUUUUUCAUAUGCAAGUCUGGUCAGCCGGUUUGCUUUGUGUUCAUCGACUUUCAGCCGUUAGUUCUACUACGAAUGUUGAUAAAUUCUGGGCCAAAAGGUAUUAUUUUUUCGGAAUUUUGGGAUUUGUUUAUAGUAGUGUUUUGAUGAUCCCGUAUUUCAUAAAUGGACAUGCUGUCAGUGUUGUCAAUCCUAAUGGAACUCUUUACAAAAUUUAUGAUAUGGAUCAAGUUGCCUUUUUACGAAUUAGUAAUGCAAUAGCAGCUAUCAUAUAUUUUCUAAUUAUUUUGGUUUUGGGAAUUUGUACAGCUGUUAGCUUAACAAAACAACUUCGGCGUGUUCAAAUCAAUGAUCGUGAAAUUGCAAAGCGUAUCACAAGAAUUGCAAUAACUUAUUGUUUUAUAAUAAGUGGAAUUCUAUUUUACAACGUGAGUGAAAUACGGAAUUUUUGAAAUAGAAUACUUGUCUUGAUUGAAUAGUUCGUAUCAUUCAGAUAAUCAUGGGCCUGGAACCAUUUAUAAGAUUUUUACCUGCUCCAUAUACUCAGAUCAACAAUGUUUUCAUGGUCACAGCUUCUGAUUUGGUAUAUAUAAACUAUUUGAAAACAGGUGAAACAUCUCGAUAUUUUCAGAUGACACUAGCUUUGCCUUACAUUUUGAUUAUUUUUGAUGAAAAUGUUCGAAAAGGUUUAAUCGGAAGAGUUGCAAACAAUCGUUUAUUUGUAUCGAGUAUCAUCAGAUCAUCAUUUGAGAACAAUAAUCAUUGA